CGUAUUACGCCGGGAUGUACGUCCACUAAUGAGGUUGCUGUCGUCCUGUUUUAUCCGAGUCGCAAGACUUCGGUGAAAACUGCGUCGUCCGUGCUGCAAGGUGCACCGCCGUCCUUCCUGAACUCACAUGCAGCUAUGAGACGUCACGCGGGGUCAGGAUUGCACCGCUUCCUGCAUCGCAUCGCAUUACAUCGCAGCUACAGCUCAGCGUCCAGGGCGCCGCCGCGGACUAAGGAUGUUCAGCAAAGUGAAAAGCGCCGUGUCCACUCUGGUGGGAGGAAUCCUCCCUAACAGCCACCACCAUCACCACCAGCCGCAGGAGGAGCUGCACGGUCCCAGCUCUGGCCGCGACGGACUGCCCCCCCGGUACCCCUACAGCCGGCCCGACUUUCUGGACUUGAGCGCCGAGAUGAUGCAGUACUCGGCGGACCACACGACCAGAGCCAUUGUGACCGCGGCGGAGGAGCGGCGGCUACCGUGGAACGCAGGAUAUGCUGAAGUAGUAAAUGCGGGGAAGAGCAUGUUCAACGAAGAUCAGGCAUCCUGCGAGAUUGUGUUUGUGGAGAGGAGAAAUGCAACAGAUGUAGCAGAGAAAGAUGAAGAAUGUGCUGAGUGCCCUGGAGUCUCAUUUCACUAUUGGGCACUGUUUGAUGGUCAUGCGGGACCGGGGGCAGCUAUCAUGGCUUCCAAGCUCCUCCACCUCCAUAUCUGUGACCACCUGAGGGACAUUGUGGAUCUUCUGUUGAACCCAUCAGUGACACCCUCCAUCUGCCUUCAUGGAGAUACUAAACCCGAAGAGUGCCAUGGGUGUGAGGCACAAGAGGAGGACAUAGACCAUUCCUGCAGUCCUACAACACGGUUUCACAUGGAAAAGGCAGUUUCUCUUGAAAGCCUUGUGAUAGGAGCUAUUGAAAAUGCCUAUACGCAGAUGGAUGAGCAAAUUGAGCGAGAGAGAACGUCUUACAGCAUUGCUGGAGGCUGCUGUGCAUUGGCUGUGUUGUGCUUGAAUAACAAACUCUACGUGGCCAAUGCUGGGGACAGCAGAGCAAUCAUCGUACGCCACAAUGAAAUUAUUCCAGUGUCCAGUGAAUUUACACCUGAAACAGAGAGGCAACGACUGCAGUAUUUAGGAUUUCUAAAGCCAGAACUCCUUGGAAAUGAGUUUACACACAUUGAGUUUCCCCGAAGAAUCCAGCACAAGGAGGUCGGGAAGAAGAUGCUUUAUAGGGACCACACCAUGACUGGCUGGGCAUAUAAGACGAUCCAAGAAGAUGAUCUGAAAUUUCCGUUAAUAUAUGGAGAAGGCAAAAAAGCUCGGGUGAUGGCAACAAUAGGGGUGACCCGUGGCUUAGGUGACCAUGACCUAAAGGUGUACAGUUCCAACAUUUAUAUCAAACCUUUCCUGUCUUGUUACCCAGAGGUUAAAGUGUAUGACCUCUCCCAGUAUGAACAUGGGCCAGAUGAUGUCCUUAUAAUUGGCACAGACGGCCUGUGGGACGUCACGACAAAUAGAGAGGUGGCAGACACCAUUACUGCCUUUUUGUCACAGCAGGAGUACAACAACUCUUACAGGUACACACUAGCAGCACAGGAGCUGGUGAUGAAAUCUCGAGGUGUAUUAAAAGAACGUGGCUGGAGGCUAGCCAAUGACAAACUGGCAUCUGGAGAUGACAUCACGGCAUUCGUUAUUCCGCUGGACUGGCAGAACCAAAAGACUUGAAUUGGGAGGGAAGGAAGGGUGAAACAAAAUGGUUUGUAAUGGGAUGGCCCCUUUUGUCUUGACCCAGCCAUUGGUGAUGCAGGUUUCUUAUUCUAAAUGUCAAGGUGCUCCUGCUCAAGCUUGUAAUAUCUUUGAGUGUUUCCCACUAAACUUUAAUACCAUUUCCUUCCUUCAGGGUAACGUUUCCACUUAGGAGACUGUGAUGAUAGAUAAGAAUGGAUUUGAAGGUGGAAGGUUAAGCUGGUGAGUGGCACAGACUCUUGGAAUAUCAGGAUUUCUUAAUUUACUACUUAGUCCACAUACUGUCUCAAUGUGGGCAUCAUCUUUGCCUGGCUUAAUGAUUCCUCCAAUCCAUCAGUCCCUACCUACCCAUUCCAGGUGGCCAUAAGUGCCCUUUGUCUGAAACAAAAUGUGAAAUAUGCAGUCAGAGGUUAAAGUGACCGUCUCCAGUAGUGGAUCACAGAGACUGACACCUCUCCUAGUUUGUUUUUGCAGUUGAAUGUAUUUUAUUUAUUUGCAGUGAGUGCACAGUGUUACCUACCAGACUCGAGGAAAAUGGGGGGAUAUCGUCUCAGUUUUUCUAAUAAAAUUUACACUGCAAGAUCCAACAACUUAAAACAAUGUAAACUCUGAACAUUCUUAUUUUUGUGUAUUUACACUAGUUUUUUUUUUUUUUUUUUUAACAAAUAAGAGAAGUACGAAGUUCAGUAACAAAAAUAAGGAACUGAAAAAAGUGACUUGCUGGAUACAGACUUCAGCGGGAAGGUAUCAUGUAAGCCAUGCCAAGGAAAAAAAAUAUGAAACUGGGAGGGCAGUCUAGAAAGACUUUUUUGUUUUAUAUCUUUAUAUGACUCGACUUGUGUAACACUUUGUGGUGCAUCUCAAGCAGCUCUAACAAGCUUAGAGUUUUGUGAGUUGUUGAACAUUUUAAAUACUCUGGGCGUCAGACUGCAGCAUCUUCAGCACCUAAAUAUGUGAUGGUGGUCUCUAAGAAGAUGAUACGUUAUGUACUGAACACAUGUAUCCCUUGAUGAUCUUUCUAAUUCUGCCACACAAUUCACUUUCUCUGUGAGCAGGAGGUUGGCUCAGUGAUAUAAAUGUGUAGGUGAAAGCAAAAGUAAAGAAAAGAAGAUCCAGGCCAUAGUCGCAACCCACGAAUCAGGAAGUGCAAGUAAAUAAGAAUGAAAAAUUUAAGACACACUUCCAGUUACACACUUUACAGGCUGCAGCUUUGAGGAUUUAAUUAAAACUUCUUGGUUAACAUUUGAAUCUUUUUGCUUGUCAGUAGACACAAAAAUAGUCAUCAGCUGUAGCAAUGGGCAGCUUCCUUUUUUUUUAAUAAGUUACUAAUAUGUUUUCAGUAUUGCUUUGUGGUAGAUUUGAUUCAGUCUCUGCAGUUAAAAGGUGUGUGACAUACUAUAGCUGUAAAGUCAAAUGUUGCAUCAUAACUUGUUUGAAAUCUAUCAUUAUUAAUGUUGUUCGGGUCAUAACAGUCAGCAUGUCCAUAAAUAACACCGUUUGUAAUUGUUUCCACUUUAAUAAAUUAAAAUUAAUGAACAUAUUUCAAACAGAGCUUUCACUGUUUUGGAUUGCUACAUACACAUUAGUUUUAAAUCUUGCAUUGCUAGAUGUAGGACUUGAUUUUGCUUUGCUGUUUCCCAUUCAGUCUUGAUUUACACCCUGUCACAUUAAAGGGGUUUCCUAAAUGGGCAGAUUGAAUUUGUUUAUUUUUACUUAUACAGACUCUCCUUACUUUGUUUCCUUGUAAUUUAUCAAAUUCUAAGUGAUCUUAUAUUUUAUUUUUACUUUAAUGGAAUAUUCCACCUAAAAAUGAUUUUUGUAUAUUUUACUUACACUGUUUGGUUUGAAGUGAUGACUGAGAAAAAAUUUUUAAUCUCCCAUUUUCAUACAGAACAAAUAUAAAAAGUAUAUGAUAUUAUGCAAUCCAAUGGUAACCUGUGCAGUACAGUGACAAAUGAUAUCAAAAAUGCCCAUGGAAAAAGAAAUUUCACGUUACUCCUGUUAUAUAAUCCAUGUGUCAGUUAUCCAGUCACAUGCAUCUUUUGCUAAAAUACUGUUAAAGAAAUUAUUUUGGAAAAAUCAGUACACAUCAUAAAUGGGAAAUGUAAGUUACAUGGGACUGACUCUGUGAAUUGAAGACAGGACUUUUGACCAAUGAAUGAGGGCGAGAGGCGAAUCUUUAAUUGAAAAACUCUGUCCCAUGUGACAUGCGUUUCCUGUUCAUGAUGUGCGCUGCUUUUUUUCUGGAUGCAAAUGACUGAAUAACUAACAACUUGCAACACAAGUAACAUUUUAUUUUCCAUGGAAAUUUUUCAGAUUGUUUGCCAUUGUACAGCUUUGGCCACCAGUGGCUUGUAUUGUAUCAUAAACCUUUUUUUUUUAUCUUUGUUCUCUCAUGAAAUUCAAUUUUGUUUUUCCAUCGUCACUACUAAACACAUGGGGUAAGUAACAUAUAAAAAUGUAUCAUUUUUGUGUGGAGUAUUCCCUUAAAUUGUUCUCUGGUCUACUCGGUAGAAGACUCUAGUGAUGUGAAGAGUUAAAUAAAAUAAUGAUUGACCAAAUAAGAAGUGUUGCUGUGAUGCAGCAGGUAGGACUGCAAACUCACCUCACUUCACUUCUGGCUGCAGUGCCUUUUGGGUGGAGUUUGUAUGUUCUCCCCAUGUUCAAUUAGUUUUCCUUUCAUUUAGCCCAGUUUCUACCCAGUCGCCAUUAGGCUGAUUUAAAAACUGACAAAUAUGAUCAGUAAUCAUGAGUAUGUCCUGUGAUGGGCUGGCAUCCCAUCUAUUGUACAGUACUUUAUCCUUGUGCUUUCCAGUGUCAGUUUAGGCCCCAGCAUCCCCUAACACUCAAAUUCAGGAAAUGUCAGGUCAGCAGUAAUCAUUUGAUAUGAUCUGAACAGUCUGAGAAUCUGCUUAGUUGGAGAAGAUUCAAAAAGACAGGAUUUAGUUGAAACAUAAGAUAAAGUAGGUUAUUCAUCAUCGAGCAAAUAAAGCCAAGUAGGCCAAAUUACAUGAAAUUCAGUUUUUAAUUUUGCUUAUUUUUGCAUAGGACUCUUCACUAAGUGUAGGCUCAGAGUGUUGUAACAAAUUCACAGGUAAAAUGCAAUUACAACUUUACAAAUGACUGAUUACAUAAUGCGUGCGCAUACAGAUGCAGAUUUGUUUAAACACACAGUGAAACAAAGCAGUUCCCAAUCAAUUAACAUAAACAGAAGUUAGCGAUAUCUGUCCGUUAACAUUACUGUUCAAACAGAUUUAUUAUAAAAACAAUAACAAAUGACAGUAGAAUUUUAAUAAAGUAGAUUAAUAAAGUAUCUAUCUAGAAAAUAAUAAACUCACCGGCCUCUCUAGGUCUAACUAAACCGUCUCCCCCGUUGGGUAACUACCUCGGCUCUUCUUCCUGCUAGCUCAAUCUGCGCUUUUUCUGAAUUUUCAUCCUCCCACCUGACUGUUGACCAGAAGAGCCUCUUGAACCCCAACUGGUAAAACACCUCCUGGGUCACAACAGCAACAUAAAGGGUCACUCGAGCCCAGCUUACUUGUUAAUCAUAUGAGGUGACAGGUUGAGGCAGAAGGCUCCGUUAUUUUAUCCACAGCCUCCUGUCUAUCUGGGGGAUUUUUGAACUUUUACCCUUAAACCGUAACUACUAAACUACUCCAUUGUGAUGUCUGUCAGGGUCACCGCAAAGAUCCCACCGACUCCUUCCUGGCAUCUCUUUACUUUGGCCUCAUUUGCGUUUCCUGCUUUAAAGCAUUGAGUGUUGUCUUUUUAGCUGCUGUGCCCUUUAAACUGGCAAGUGAGAAGAGGUGGAAGCCAGCAGUUCAAAAUGAUUUGUUAGCAGUAAAGAUAUCAAGCUUGGUUUAGUGUUAACGAGACGAAAAGUUGAACUACUCUUGUGUUCAAUUUUAUUGUUACGAUGUGCCUAGUAGCAUAUUUUACAGUAAUUGGUUUUAAUGGCAGAGGCUGAAUGUUACAAGAGGCUGUUUCUAAACUUUCAUUUUGCACCACUGAGUUUGGUGUCAAAGGGAAUGGGUUUAUCUGUCAUCUGCUUUUGUGAGUGGUACCUCACAGCUGUGAUCCGCACCCAGACAGGCUGUACAUCCUUAAGUCCGUCUAUUCAGUCAUCACAUGUGGUCCACACUGUGACCCUACGCAGGUCAUUUAAGCCAUAUUUGCUCCAAUUGUAAAAAUCUGUUAAGUAAGCAGAUGUAUCGCGUCCUGAUCCACUUGUGUAAAGGCAUUGGCCGGCCACACCAUACUUAUAAUCUUGUGCCUGCCAUAAUGUCACUAGAAUGGACUUAGAAGUAAGGGCAAAGGGUUCAGAGAAAAAAAUAUGUACUAAAAUGAAACAUUUCUUAUUUAACCAAUUUCUUACGUAUAUAUAGAGUACAUAUAGAUAUAUAUAGAUGUAUGAGUACAUGUAUACAUGUAUGUACUCAUUUUAGCAAUGAGGAACAAGAUGUCAGGUUUAAUAAGAGUAAUCCAAUACAGUACAUCAGAGUAGGGACAGAAAACCAACAGCCACUGUGGCCCUCCAGGAUACAGGCUUGACCUCCCUUCUGUGAUACAGUAAAACAAAUUCAUCUGCCUGUGCCUUUGCUUGAGCCAUAAUAAUAAUAAUAAGUCAGGCUUUGAUCGUUUGUACACCAUGCAGAUCGUUUAUUCAUCCAAAAAUAUCAGCUUUGGUUGUUUUUGAGUGAAGAGGCUCACCAGCCUACUCUGUUGUUCUGCCAGUCCUCAGUUGGGGUGUCAUUUUUCCUGUGGCCUGCCCCCUGCCCUCCCCCUCUCUGCCCAUGAAGCUUAUCCAGUGGCUCUGACUGUGGACUGCUGGGUAGAAUUUCCCAUCCUGCUCUUGCAAUUAGCUGUGCUGCUCAAACUGUUAGCACUUUGUACAUUUCUGCCUACUCGAAGAUGCAAUCUCCUACUCAAACUCAUGACCAUGGAGAGACUGGAGAGAGAAGAUGGAAGCCUUAAACUUGAAACUCUCAGCAAAGCGGGUACACUUUAUAUUAAGGUGUUGUUUGUAAAUAGAUUAUUAAAAGCUUAAAAUUGUGUGCUAGACUGUUCUAGAGCUUUUUAGAUGCACAAAAUGCAGUGUUUGUCCAGCUACUGUAACUCUUCUCUUGCACAGCCAUAAAGUUCUGCUUUGAAUAAUUACGUACUGUAUUUAAAAAAAUAAAAUACUUGUGUUUCAAUACA